AGAGUGUCAAGUUCACCAGCCAUUAACGACCUUGAUUCCACCCAUAAGCCAUUUUUGCAGUCUUUUGCUCUCUCCUCUGAACCAUACAUAUUGUCUCUACUCGCCAUGGUUGCUCUUCCUCUAUCCCAGAUAGGAAUUCUGGGCGGUUGGCCGGCCCGAAUUUGGAGAAUGGCGGAGUAGCCAACCCAAAAAAUCUUUGCGUAAAGCAUGACUGUCAAGAGAUGUCCGGAUAAUCCAAUGCUUGGUCGUUGUGAGAUUUUAGAUGGGAUGCCUGGUAAAUACGUGUGGCAAACUUAUGAAGAAGUAUAUGAAUUGGUAAUUAAAGUGGAAAAUGCUAUGCGAAGUUGUGGUUUUGGGGAAAUUAUGAGAGAUAUCAUACCGCAGAAUGAUAAAAAACGAGACAAGGCUUCGUUCUUGUUGGAGGUUAUCGAGUACAUUCAGUUUUUACAGGAUAAAUUAAAUAUGUACGAAGGACAAUACCAUGGGUGGAGUUCAGAGCCAAAAACAUUGAUACCAUGGGUAAUGUGGAUCUGUCUUAUCUUCUUUCAAAUAUAUAUGGAAGAACAGAUUGCGAAAGCCAAAGAUCAAGCUCAAAGCAGGAAGGAUAUCGUGGACAAGGUAGAGAAGUGGAGAUAUGCAACCGAGGAGGAGAAGUGGCUGGAAGAAUAUGAAAGGGUAAAAUGUCUUGAAAUUUAG